UCUGACCGCUGCACUUCACUUCACUGGAGCUCAGUGUAGCGUCCGACAAGUAAGUUAUAGUUGCUGACCUGGUGGGGAAUUAACGAUAACAUCUAACAGACGAAAAACAGAUGCUGCCAUGACCGCAGGUCAUUGCAAGGCAUGAGCAUAGCACGACAAGUCCUGAAUUGUUCCAAGUUUGCAUGUCGUUCAGUGGACAUAAACUGCAGGAGACGGUUUUGUACUACACAGCAUACAAUGACCUCAAGACACACGCACUCCAAAAGAAUCGAGGGACUGGACAAGAAUGUCUGGGUGGCGUUUACCUCAGUGGCAGCAGACCCAUCCAUCAUUAACCUGGGCCAAGGCUAUCCAGACAUCUCUCCACCUUCUUAUGUCACGGAGGCACUAGCUGCGGCUUCAUCAGUGGACAAGAUGAACCAGUACACCAGAGGCUUUGGUCAUCCGUCUCUGGUGAAGGCCCUUUCUCAGGUUUAUGGAAAGGUCUAUGGGCGCCAGAUUGACCCCUUCAAAGAAAUCCUGGUCACAGUUGGAGGUUAUGGUUCUUUAUUCAGCACCAUGCAAGGGCUGGUGGAAGAGGGUGAUGAGGUCAUCAUAAUAGAGCCUUUCUUCGAUUGCUAUGUGCCGAUGGUGCGAAUGGCAGGAGCCAAGCCUGUGUUGAUCCCGCUACGCCUUAAGUCUGGAAAGAAGACAAUCACAAGUGCUGACUGGUUUCUUGACCCAGAUGAGCUUUCCAGUAAAUUCAACUCCAAGACAAAAGCCAUCAUCAUCAACACUCCCAACAAUCCUAUUGGGAAGGUUUUCACAAGAGAUGAACUGCAGAUGAUCGCAGACCUCUGUAUCAAACAUGACACUCUGUGCUUCAGCGAUGAGGUUUAUGAGUGGCUCAUCUACAAGGGACAACAACAUAUCAAAAUCGCCACUCUGCCUGGAAUGUGGGAUCGAACAAUCACUAUCAGCAGUGCGGGGAAAACUUUUAGUGUGACUGGAUGGAAGCUGGGUUGGUCUAUAGGACCUGAACACCUAAUGAAGCACCUUCAGACCGUCAUGCAGAACACUCUGUACACCUGCCCGACACCUUUACAGGAGGCUGUGGCUCAAGGUUUGCUGCGGAACUUUGAGCUGAUGGAUCAGCCAGAGUGUUACUUUUCAUCACUGGCAGAAGAACUGGAGGACAAGAGGGACCGUCUCGCUGCCAUCCUACAGGAAGCUGGUAUGACUCCUGUCAUCCCAGACGGAGGCUACUUCAUGCUGGUGGACGUCACAUCUCUAAAUCUGGACCUGUCACAUAUGGGUGAUGAUGAUGAAGCCUACGACUACAAGUUUGUCAAGUGGAUGAUUAAAGAAAAGAAACUGGCAGCCAUUCCAGUCACCGCGUUUGUUGGAGACGAGUCCAGGAAACAUUUUGAGAAAUAUAUUCGCCUUUGCUUCAUUAAGCAAGAUAGCACCCUCGAUGCAGCAGGGGCCAUCUUGAAAAGCUGGAAGAAGUGAAUUCUGGGAGGAGGAACAAACCCACAAGAAAUGGAUAAAAUACUCAUAUUAAAACUAUCCUACAGUCUAUAUUUUGACCUGUUUUCAGGGAAAAUAAAGUUUUUGUUAAUUCUCUAA